UCUCCCAAUUUUAUCUCUUGGAUUCUCUACAAAGCACGAAGUAUGGAGAAAUCAACUAUCAAUUAUCAAUUCUUUUGCUACACAUUCAUUCCUUGAACUAAUCUCGCAAUCAGCAUUGGUUAGCAAGCAUGGAACCUCAAGGUUUAACCUCAUGUGAGGUAUUUCCUAUCAUGGAUUGAUAGCAAAACUGCUGAUCUUGUCGGCUUUUGUCGGAUAUCGGGGUAACGGUUCAAGGAUUCAGGAAGCAAAGCAGCCUCGGGCAGCGCAACCAGACUAACUUCCCCACAUUCUCCAUGCUUCCUUCCCCAUUCAAUUAAAUAUCACCCGAGGGAGCACCCGCAUGCGUUCAUUCGUCAGCUUGUACGGUUGCUCGUACGGAACGUAUCCGCUUCAACCGUCUGUUUGUUUUUAAAGCUCCCCCCUCUUCUUUCCAAUUGACUUUUCAACAACGUGAAUUGGAUUGUGAAGAUGAGGGUAAAUGUGAGGACAACGGCGCCAUUUGUGCGGUCAUUAUUUCAAUCUGUUCAACAGAGGAACUUCUCAGCAUCAGUGGGAAGACAAAAACAAUGGGGGUUUAUUGGUCUCGGUCAAAUGGGAUACAAUAUGGCGAGAAACCUUCAGGCCAAAUUACCUCCUGCCGAUACAAUACGAGUCUAUGAUAUCAAUACGGAAGCAGUGGAGAGGUUCACAAAAGACACAAAAGCUCUUGGGAGUGGAGCUGUUGUCGAGGCUGCAAGUAACGUCAGAGAAGCUGCAGAAAAUUCUGAAACUACCAUUACCGUUUUACCAGAGCCAGCACAUGUGAAGAAUGUCUUUAGUCAAAUACUCAAGCCUCCACUUUCUACAUCUGUAGUCGCCAAUCCUGAUCGUCUUUUCAUUGAUUGUUCCACAAUUGAUCCAACAUCCUCUAGAGAUGUUGCUAGGGCAGUUCAUACAACACAACAAGGUCGAUUCGUCGAUGCGCCGAUGUCAGGAGGUGUUGUUGGCGCAACUGCCGGAACUCUGACCUUUAUGCUUGGGGCUUCGGAUGAUUUAGUUGAUCGUGUGACUCCCAUACUCACCAUGAUGGGAAAGAGGGUGUUACAUUGUGGAGCUCAAGGUGCAGGUCUUUCCGGAAAGCUUGCCAAUAACUACCUUCUGGCGAUCAAUAACAUUGCAACAGCUGAAGCCAUGAACUUGGGAAUAAUGUGGGGUCUUAAUCCACAGGUCCUAGGUAAUUUGAUUAACAGUAGUACUGGCAAAUGUUGGCCAAGUGAACUUAACAAUCCCGUCAAAGGUGUUGUAGCUGGUGCACCAGCCGAACGAGAUUAUAGUGGAGGUUUUGGUAUAAGCCUCAUGAAGAAAGAUCUAGGACUUGCAUUGAAAGCAGCAGAAGAAGUUCAGGCCAAACUUGAGCUUGGUAACAGAGCUCGAGAGGUUUAUGAAACUGUGGAACAACAGGAGAAUUGUAAGGGCAAGGACUUUUCUGUUGUUUAUAGAUAUCUUAGCAGUUCGGGGUAACCAUGUCACGGAGUCGAAUAAAUGAAAAUGAAGAUAUUCCCCC